UUGUUUAUGGUAUGGUGGAGGUGAUCAUUCGUUUAGAAAACUCUCUCGCUUUAUUAUAUUAUUAGCAGUGGACCCUAAAACGCCAAUAAAAAAAUGCACCCAGGUUUGGAAAAAAUUAAAUAAAGGUGGGCUUUCUUUUCGCCGCCCUCGAGGAGCAGCUGCCUUAGCAUCAAAGUUUCUCAAGCAGUUCUCGGCACUAGCCUGGAGCUCCAGCUGGAGGACAGCAAGCACUUGAAGUGCCCCCCCCAAGGAGACACCGGAGAGAGGUUGGAUUUUAAACCCGCCCUCCGGAGGAAUCUCGUUUCCCCCAAAACCUCCCAUUUCUCUCUCUCUUUCUGUCUCUCUCUGUCUGCCUGUCUCUCUCUCUCUCUCUCUGUCUGUCUGUCUGCGCCCCCCCCCCCUCUUCCUUUACCUUUAUCCCUCGCAUUUGGCCGUCUCCCCCACCACAAUCAUGGAUCUCGCGGCGAGAUGUUUGCUUCUCCUACCCUGCUUCGGUGCGAUACUGGCCCUCGAUUUGGAAGCGAUCGACCCGAGCUACUUCGUGGAGCCCGUUGCCACAUCAGAUGUGAUCGACUACAAGGAUCCUUGCAAAGCUGCUGCCUUUCUCGGAGACAUAGCCCUAGAUGAGGAGGACUUACGAUCAUUUAAAGUAGACCGAAUCAUAGAUUUGGCCACCAGAACGGUCCAGACUGUCAAUCGCACAAACACAGACUCAAGCUACCAGAAUAGCCAAAACAGACAAGGCUCUCGCCGCAGGAAACGGGCUGCCACGUCCCGACCCGAGCGCGUUUGGCCUGAAGGUGUUAUUCCAUAUGUCAUCAGUGGCAAUUUUAGUGGCAGUCAGCGAGCGAUAUUCCGCCAAGCCAUGCGGCACUGGGAGAAGCACACCUGUGUGACCUUCAUUGAGAGGACGCAGGAGGAGAGCUACAUUGUCUUCACCUACCGACCGUGUGGGUGCUGCUCCUACGUGGGCCGCCGUGGAGGAGGCCCCCAGGCUAUAUCUAUUGGAAAGAACUGCGACAAGUUCGGGAUUGUAGUGCACGAGCUGGGUCAUGUGAUUGGGUUUUGGCACGAACACACGCGGCCCGAUCGAGACGAACACGUCAGCAUUAUCAGAGACAACAUUCAGCCAGGACAGGAGUACAACUUUUUGAAAAUGGAGCCUGGAGAGGUGGAUUCUUUGGGAGAAGUCUACGAUUUUGACAGUAUCAUGCACUACGCCCGCAAUACAUUCUCAAGGGGUAUCUUCUUGGACACCAUCCUGCCGCGCUACGACGUGAACGGUGUGCGACCACCCAUUGGCCAGAGAACCAGACUUAGCAAAGGGGAUAUCGCACAGGCACGCAAACUCUACAAAUGCUCCAGAUGUGGGGACAGUCUGCAGGAUAGCAGUGGGAAUUUUUCCUCUCCGGGUUUCCCCAAUGGAUACUCUGCCUACAUGCACUGCAUCUGGAGAAUAUCCGUCACGCCGGGAGAAAAGAUCAUUCUGAACUUCACCUCCAUGGAUCUAUACAGGAGUCACCUGUGUUGGUACGACCAUGUGGAAAUCAGGGAUGGCUAUUGGAGGAAAGCACCCCUCAAAGGCCGAUUUUGCGGCGACAAACUGCCUGAGCCAAUCAUCUCCACCGACAGUCGCCUGUGGAUCGAGUUCCGCAGCAGCAGCAACUGGGUGGGAAAAGGUUUCUCUGCCGUUUACGAGGCCAUCUGUGGUGGGGAGGUGAAGAAGGACAGCGGACAAAUCCAGUCCCCCAACUACCCCGACGACUACAGGCCUAACAAAGGAUGUGUAUGGAAGGUGACGGUAGCUCAGGGCUACCACGUAGGCCUUACCUUCCAGUCCUUUGAAAUCGAGAGACAUGACAGUUGCGCAUACGACUACCUGGAGGUGCGUGACGGCAAGUCAGAGAACAGCCCCUUGCUGGGCCGCUUCUGUGGCUAUGACAAACCAGAUGACAUCAAAACCAGCUCCAACCAGCUGUGGAUGAAAUUUGUUUCAGAUGGCUCCGUCAACAAGGCCGGAUUUGCAGCCAACUUCUUCAAAGAGAUGGAUGAGUGCUCCAAGCCGGACAACGGUCGCUGUGAGCAACGCUGUGUCAACACGCUGGGCAGCUACAAGUGUGCCUGUGACCCAGGCUAUGAGCUGGCUGCUGACAAGCGCAGCUGCGAGGCUGCCUGCGGAGGCUUUAUCACCAAACUGAACGGCUCCAUCACCAGCCCCGGUUGGCCCAGAGAGUACCCCCCCAACAAGAACUGCAUCUGGCAGCUGGUAGCCCCCACGCAGUACCGCAUCACUCUGCUCUUUGACGUCUUCGAGACUGAGGGCAAUGACGUCUGCAAGUAUGACUAUGUGGAGGUGCGCAGUGGACUUUCAGCAGAUUCCAGGCUGCACGGGAAGUUCUGUGGCACCGAGAAACCCGAAGCCAUCACCUCUCAGUACAACAACAUGCGUAUUGAGUUCAAGUCUGAUAAUACGGUGUCCAAAAAGGGAUUUAAAGCACAGUUCUUCUCAGACAAAGACGAGUGCUCCAAGGAGAACGGCGGCUGUCAGCACGAAUGCGUCAACACUUUCGGAAGCUACAGCUGCCAGUGCAGGAGCGGCUUUGUGCUGCACGAGAACAAGCACGACUGCAAAGAGGCUGGCUGCGAUCACACGGUAACCAGCGUGAGCGGCACCAUCACGAGCCCCAACUGGCCUGAUAAAUAUCCGAGCAAGAAGGCGUGCACCUGGUCGCUCACCACCACGCCAGGGCACCGCAUUAAAAUCGCUUUCAAUGAGAUCGACAUGGAGGCUCAUCUGGAGUGUGCUUACGACCACAUCGAGAUCUACGACGGGAAAGACGGCAAAGCCCAAAGUCUCGGCCGCUUCUGCGGCACCAAGAAGCCGCAGCCCCUCACCUCCAGCGGCAAUAAGCUCUUCAUCCGCUUUUUCUCCGACAACUCCGUGCAGAAGAAAGGCUUCGAGGCGUCCCACUCUGCAGAGUGCGGCGGUCGCCUGAAGGCUGAGGUGAAGACCAAGGACCUGUUCUCCCACGCCCAAUUCGGGGACAACAACUACCCCGGAGCCUCCGACUGUCAGUGGGUGAUCUCGGCCGAGAAAGGCUACGGCGUGGAGCUCAUCUUCCAGACCUUCGAGAUCGAGGAGGAGGCGGACUGCGGCUACGACUAUAUGGAGCUCUUUGACGGCGCCGACACCAAAUCUCCGCGGCUGGGACGUUACUGUGGCUCGGGGCCUCCCGAGGAGAUCUACUCGGCCGGCGAUUCCAUUGUGAUCAAGUUCCGCUCAGACGACACCAUCAACAAGAAAGGCUUCCACGUGCGCUACACCAGCACCAAGUUCCAGGACACGCUGCACUCGCGCAAGUGACGAGCGGGGGCCGCAAGGGGCCGCGCGGGGCAAAGGGCCACCCGGAGGGGCCCCAAGGGGAGGCUCCCGCCUACCGCUCGGAAACCUUCGGCCACCCACGGCAAUCAGACGCGACAGAACAGCCGCAAGACCGCCGCCAAGCGCACCUCAGCUCCCAGGGGCUCCGGCUCCCCCCGCAGACUGUGAGGAGUAAAGCCAUUCUGCAGUACACCCUGUUUUUACCUUUUUACGCUUGGGCUUCGGCGGACAGCGGCGGCUGUUGGGGAGGUAGGGGGGGGAGUUUGUUGACUUAACCCCCUCCCAUCCCAGUUCACAGGUUUUUUUUUUUCUAUAGUUUUUUUUUUUUUUUUUUUUUUUGGGUGCC